UUUCAAUAAAGUUGUUGAAGAAGUAAAAGAAAAGGACCGGGGCGUGCGUUUGCGUGUUUACGCAGAUCUCCGCGGACUACACUUCCCAUGAUGCCGUGCGGUGAACAAUGACAGAUGGUGCCAGGAUGAAGGCUGCGGGCUCCAGUGCUGCGAUCACAGGGUGACAACAUUCCCUGUGCUGUGUCUAUGGAGGUACUAAACAAGUAAAAAAGGCGCAAAACACAGGUACCUCAAGUAGUGGUACCCAAUAGUCCAAGGGCAAAGCAUUUUGAUCUCAGGUUUACCUUUUUGUACCAUUCCGAGGACCAUUAUGGCAGACACAAAACCACUUCACCAAAAAAGAUUUGAAGCCGCUGUGAGCGUGAUCCAAAGCUUGCCCAAAAAUGCCAAAACAGGAAGUGAGAGGAAAUCGCUGGAAAUUAAUGGUAUCUCCACUGGAAUUUACCACGGCGGAGACGCGUUCUUCCUCUGGCCGGUGUUCUCGGCUCUUGAUGGCAGUGCAGCUAUUGGCUCCUGCUGCUGUCAAUCAAAUCCUAUGAUGCGGGGGGGUUAUACAUUGCGGGGAGACGCCGCAGAGGGACCCCAGAAGUUGAGGAUCGAGGUCACUCUGCAAAACGAACUACACAGUGGAGGCUCUUUCCAGCCAUCCAACGAAAUGAUGCUGAAGUUCUACAGUUUUUACAAACAAGCAACACAAGGACCUUGCAAUAUACCGAGGCCUGCAUUUUGGGAUCCUGUUGGUCGAUACAAAUGGGAUGCCUGGAAUUCUUUGGGUGACAUGACCAAGGAAGACGCCAUGGUUGCUUAUGUUGACGAAAUGAAAAAGAUUCUUGAGAGCAUGCCAAUGACGGAGAAAGUGGAAGAAUUACUUCAAGUCAUAGGUCCGUUUUAUGAAAUAGUGGAAGACAAAAAACAUGGGCGAGGAUCUGGUGUAACGUCAGUACGAUUGGAUAAAGUUACUAAGUCUUUAGAAGAGCUGAGCACCGCGCUCACCUCCACCCCAAACUGUAAAGCUGUGAAUGGGAAGGCGGAGAGCAGUGACAGUGGAGCGGAGUCUGAGGAGGAAGAUGCUGGGAGACAGGAGGAGGAGGAGGAGGAGGAAGAUGAUGAAGAGGGAGAAACGGAACAAAGUGAACAAGAGGAGAAGGCUGUACAGCAGGAUUUGGCUCCAGAGCCAUGCCCAGGCGGGACAGUGGCCAAUGGUUUACUCAUCAACCACAGUUACUAUAAUCCAGACAUUCCCAAUCACUCAACAACCAAAUCUGAUCUCAACAAGAUAGAGGAGGAGGAGGAAGAGGAGGAGGAGGUGACUGGAAAAGAGCCCAACACAGAGGAUGAUGGAUAUAAUGAUGUGGAUGAAAAGAAAGAUAAUGAUUGCACAGAGGAUGUUGCUGCAAUGCAGCACUUGACAAGUGACUCAGACAGCGAGAUUUUCUGUGACUCUAUGGAGCAGUUUGGACAAGAAGAUGUAGAUCACAGUCAGCUGAUAGACGCCAUGUUGACUGAGGGCUCCUCGGAUGUCUGGGCUGGAGGGGAGGUAAAGGAUGGAGGAGAAGAUGGGAAACCAUCUGGCCGAACACCACAGAAGGAAAAAUCUGGACAUGACAAAGCUAACUACUACAAUUCUAGGAGAGGAAGAGGCAACCGUAUGCAUCCUGUUGGCGAAGGAUCCAGAGGAGGACAGAUGGGCAGCGGUGGGAAUGGAGGAGAUCGCAGAGGACCCAACAGCAGUCUAAAUGAGCACAUUGCUGUUGUACUCAUGCGAUUACAGGAGGACAUGCAGAAUGUUCUGCAGAGGUUGCAGACAUUGGAGGCCCUCACUGCUUCACAGGCAAGAUCGAUUCAACUUGAGUCUAAUCUUCAACAGCUUACGAACAAGAAGCCAUCAUGGUGGCCCUUCGAGAUUUCAUCUGGCACCUUGGCAUUUGCAAUAAUCUGGCCAUUUGUUGCCCACUGGUUAAUCCAUGUAUAUCUGCAAAGGAAGAGGAGGAAGCCUACCUGAGCCCAGACUUGAAGAAGCCUGUGAAGACUCACCUGGGACAUCUUGCGAUGGUCCCGUGGAGGAUGAAGUGUCCUCUUUGCUAUAGAAAAUUCCUUGCACUAUGUGAAUGAUAACAAAAUAAGGACUAAUUUUACUAAAGCUUGAAUACAGAAAAUAUUAAGCUGGCAGUAGCAUUAAUGUGUUCUUUUAUCACCUUUUGAAUGAAAACUAAAUUAUUUUUAAACCUAUUAAAAGCAUGUACUAGAUUACACAGAAAAUAUACCAAUAAAGGUACAAGGGAGGUUAGCAGGUCCUAGUUAUGAUUUUAUCAUUACAAAAUCCCUGUAAUAAAGAAGAAACUGGACUUUCUUUUCAGAAUAUUUACUUUAGUAAUAAAAGUUUACAGAAACA